AUAUAAGCUCUCUCUUCCUCACUCUCAAAACCUUUUGUUGCAAAUCCGUCGCACCCAGACCCCCAGAGAGUUCUCUCCAAAAUGGUGCAGCGGCUAACCUACCGUUCCCGUCACAGCUACGCCACCAAGUCAAACCAGCACCGCGUGGUCAAAACCCCCGGUGGGAAGCUUGUGUAUCAGACUACUAAGAAGAGAGCCAGUGGACCAAAAUGCCCUGUGACUGGCAAGAGAAUCCAAGGGAUUCCUCACUUGAGACCUGCUGAGUACAAGAGGUCCAGACUGUCCAGGAACCGCAGGACGGUGAACCGGGCAUAUGGUGGUGUCUUGUCUGGAGGUGCUGUCAGAGAGAGGAUUAUUCGAGCCUUCUUGGUAGAAGAGCAAAAGAUUGUGAAGAAGGUUUUGAAGAUCCAGAAGGCCAAGGAAAGGCAGGCAGCCAAGAGCUAAAUGAUAUGCGGCAAUGAAGCAAAAGCCUUUCGAAUUAUAAGAUAUGCUUGAGGAAAGAUUUUGACUUAGGUUGUGUUGAUGAACGAUUUGGAGCUAGAUUGGAAUGCUUUUAUUGUUAUUCGCUACUUUGAUUACUUAUUUCAUUUCAAUGACAACUCAAUUGUGUU